UAAGACUGAAUGGUAUCUGAACUCAUGGUGCUGCCCCCUGCUGGCCUUUAGAAAAAAUGCAGGUUUAAGACACUUCACAGACCCGGAAGCUCUGUCCACUAAUUAUAUACUGUCACUGCCUGCCACCCAACUGUUUGUAGUCAAGUGGCAUUGUGGGUACUGUAUAAUGUAGGCACUACUUACUGGUCACUAUAUUCUUUUUUAUUGUAUAUAGUGUAUAUAUAUUAUAUGUUCUAUUCUAUAUUAUUUGUUAUAUAUAUUAUAUAUAUGAUAUGUUAUUCAACUUACACACCUUACUGCAGUGAUGUACAGGUGAACUCUAGGACACUGACAUUACUGCAACAAACUUCCAACCAAAGAGGACAAUGAAACUCUUUAAAGUCACUCUUGAAAUUGAAGCUGUUUCCAGUGACCUGUGAGUACAUCAAAGGAGAAAAACAGUUCUACUAUAGAGCUCAGCAGUUCUACGAGGACGUCCCCGCCUCGGAGGAGGGCAUGCUGGGAGAUUUUGUGGAGAUAGGCCACGUUGAUCUGGAGGGUUCCCGGCAGUUUCUGAAGAGGUUUGUGGGUCCCGGUAAGGCCGGUACACACUGUGCCCUGGACUGUGGCUGCGGGAUCGGCCGUGUGUCCAAAGGCGUCCUCCUUCCCGUGUUUGAGAAAAUGGAGAUGGCGGACAUGAUGGAGCACUUCCUGCUCCACGCGCAUGAGGAGUACCUUGGCGACGACGCUGACCGCAUCGAGACCUACUACUGCUACAACCUGCAGGAGUUCACGCCUCCAAAAAACAAGUACGACGUCAUCUGGAUGCAGUGGGUGGCAUGCCACCUAACAGACAAGGACCUGAUGAACUUUCUAAUUCGCUGUAAGAAGAGUCUGCGGCCAAACGGUGUCAUCAUAAUUAAAGACAAUAUGGCACGGCAGGGCUGCAAGCUGGACCCUAUCGACAGCAGUAUCAGCCGCCACCUGGACAUCAUGAAGUGCAUCAUCGCCAAGGCCGGCCUGGAGAUCCUGGCUAUUGAGAAGCAGGAAGGUUUCCCUGAGGUCAUCAUUCCUGUCUGGAUGAUUGCUAUGAAAUAGAAGUGACAUUUUUACCGUGAAAAGAUUCAGGUUGUUGUUGCUCAAUUUGAUAAAAACUAAGAGGAAAAUCCAAUCUAAAGCUGAAUUCACAUGUUAUUCCACUUCCAAGUCUAGAUUUGUGAUCAAGUCAGUGUCUGGCAUUCCUGAUUUUUGUCCAUGAGUACCCUUACUUCUUAGUGCGUACCUCCACUUCCCUACCAUGAGCACUGCCGUACCCACCAAUGAGGUCACCAAGGUGUAGACCUCUGUAGUUUUUAAAUAAUUGCCUAUACCUUACUUUGAUACUUUGACCUUGCUAUGUGUAAGGGUACUCCUAAAUGCACGGAAAGCAUUAAGCUAGCUCGCUGUAAACACAUCUUUCUUAAAAUGGAUUAAAAACAGCAAAAAGCACCUUUUCGGGUCCAAUUCAGACACUUGAUUAAGUCUUUAAAAAACUACAACACAGCAAGAAAUCUUGUCAUCUGGAGAUAAAUCCUGAAGCGGCGGUGUGGAUGGCGUAAUGGCACCCAGGGCGAUUUUAUGGAGACAGGAGUUCUCUUUCUGUUCAAGCACAGAAAAGAAAGAAAGCUUUUAUGUAGACAUCAAACUUCUACAGAAGCACUCUGACUGUAAUUUACAGUCAGUCGGCCACUUCCAGGUUGUGUAUCUUGAUGACAUUAAAGAUAGACCCUCUAAUAUGUAACUGCGGGAGAAGCUUGUUCCUGUCUGAACCAUGACGAUCAUUGGAAUAACAUGUGCAGUCAGAUUUACUGUUGGAAUUGAUUAUUUAUAUCCGUUUUUGAUAUUAAAUCUAACAUGUGACAGCACAACAUAUCAACAACAACAUUGUUAGAUUUGUAAAACUUAAUUGCUUUUUUUUUCCGGUUACGAUUAACAUGUGAGCUGUAUCUGGAUACGUAAUCUGAAUGAUGACAUCUGAUUACAGAUUACAGCAUUUACACUAUAUUAAUAAGGCUUGUGAUCGCAAUCAGAUCACAGUUCAGAAGAUUAGCAGAAGGAGCUUAUAGACAUAAAGACAGUUUCUAAAUAGGCUAAUGCUACUUCAGCUGGUUUCAGACCAAGCAUUAGCUGCUAGCACAACACACCCCAAUCUCUGAACUGUCUCUGGUUGAAUUGCAUUGUUGGUAAUAUCCGUGCCAGGUUUCGACAAGGAAGAAGAAUACAUGGAAUAAAAAAGACCUCGGCCUUCAUGGAUUAAACAUUUUUAAUACAAAGAUUCAUAAUUCACCUAAUUUGCAGUUUGAGGUCUUUGGAGAAAAUGCUUUUUCAGCCACAGGGGAUUUUGUUGCUUUUGCAAACUUCUAUCGCCUCUUAUUGGCCAUCUCACCACUGCCUAUACAUAACCAACAAGCCAAUCAGAGGCAGAGUAAGGCGGGUCUUUUCCUUUAAAAAAUUACCUUUCAAACACGUACAUUUAUUGUAGACUAAAACUUGAAAACUGUAUGUUGAGCUCAGUCUCUUCUAUAACCCAACCAGCUCACAAAUCAUAUUUCAACUUCCGUCAGUUUUCUUCAUGUUUGUGCUGCAGCCGGAUAUACUUGAUGCUGUGUGAAUUUACAUCUGCAUUAACCUUUCUGUUCCAGAUACAGAUCACAUGCUAACAGCAGGUGGAGAUAUGCUCUUAAAGUUACCUUUCAGUACGACAUGUAGUUCACUUUUUAUUGCAGUAGAAAUUAUGUUUAUUCAGUGCAGGUUUGUCAGGUGUAAAUAUUAAUUUAGUUUUUAUGUAAGUAUGUGUUUUAUACUUUUGCUUGUAAUAUUGCACAUUAAUAGACAUUUUUAUAUUGAUUUUCUGUGCAAUUAAUUCUUUGUAGUGCUUAAACUUUCCAGUCAAUACAUGUCUGUGCAUCUUAUUGUAUAUUUGCUUAAAAUCUGCUGAAGAGGUUUAGUUGCAUUGUUUGUCAAAAAUAAAAAUGCCAAACUCAGUAAGCUUAUG